CUCUACUGCUGCUUGGACAUUACUGAAUCCAAUAUGGGUGAAGAAUUAACAAUCGAUGUCAAUAUCUCGGAUAUCAUUUACGAGUGGAACAAAUCCGUAAGCGAAGCUGAACGUUUACCACCUGCUACCCCUUUGAGUAUUAUAAGUUUAUCUUUGCUGUUCUUCAUAAUUGGUGCUGUUGGAAUAGCAGGCAAUCUUCUGGUAAUAUUUGCCAUUCUGGGUGACCAAAGAAUGCGAAGUUCUGUGACCAAUCUUCUGAUCAUGAAUCUUGCCCUAAGCGACCUCAUUAUUAUGAUAGCAUGUAUUCCAGACAUCAUACAAUUCAUUGAAAACAAAGGCUGGAGACUUGGUCUGCCCCUCUGCAAGGCACUCAGAUUCACUGAAGUUUUUGCUCUGUAUGCUUCAGUCAUGACACUUGUCAGUGUCUGUCUUGAAAGAUAUAUAGCCAUCAUGCAUCCGAUCAAAGCCCACAUAAUGUGUUGCCGCACCAGAAUCCUGCUCGUCAUAUCCAUCAUCUGGCCGUCUGCUAUGAUCUGCGCCUCCCCAAACCUCUUCUACCACGUGAUCAUUCCCAUCGACGCCGAAUUCACUCCUUGUGUCAUACAAUUCCCCAACGUAUCGGAUUUCAUCAUCUUCAAGUAUUGCGAGUUUUUUCUCUUCUACUUCAUCCCCCUGGUACUUCAAGUUGUCUUAUACAUACACAUUGGAAGACGGCUUUUCAGUACUGAAGCCCUGAAGACAAUUGAACCAGCUGUCGGAAAAGAAAAUUUCGCAGGUGCUAUGAAAGCACGUAGAGGAGUCAUCAAAAUGUUAAUUGCAGGCGUUACUGUCUAUUUCUUAAGCUUCUCCCCCCAUCAAGUUCUUUUGAUCUACAAUACAUUUUCGGCGACUCUUUUCAAGGAGACUUGGUCCUUCCUCAUAUUCGUUAAUAUCAUGGCUUACGCCUCAUCAGCAUGCAAUCCCCUUCUGUACAGCAUAUUCAGCCAAAAAUUCAGACAGAAAUUUCAGACACUUCUUGUCUGCUGCAGAAAGAAACAAUGCACACCGUCGCCGUCAGCAAUAUAUUUAGGCUGCAGGAACAAGACGUUUUUAAGCAAAAGUGUGAAAACAACCGUUACUGAGAUUUAAUCUAAAAUUUGCGAAAUUUUUAAAAGCUAUCGAUCAAAAUAUUUG